GGCCGCGGUGCGGGGUGCCUGGGGCGGAGGGACGGCGUCGUAGCCGCGCCCGCCCCGCAACGCGGCGGUGCCGGCGGCGGGAGGAGCGGCCGCCGCGGAGCCAUGGGGCACCCGCCGCUGGAGUUCAGCGACUGCUACCUGGACAGCCCCGACUUCCGAGAGCGGCUCAAGUGCUACGAGCAGGAGCUGGAGCGGACCAACAAGUUCAUCAAGGAGGUGAUCAAGGACGGCAACGCGCUCAUCGCGGCCAUCCGGGGUUACUCGUCGGCAGUACAGAAGUUCUCCCAGACGUUGCAGUCCUUUCAGUUCGACUUUAUUGGUGACACACUAACAGAUGAUGAGAUUAACAUUGCUGAGUCCUUCAAGGAGUUUGCAGAGUUGCUGCACGAGGUAGAACUGGAGAGGUCCAUGAUGGUACAAAAUGCCAGUGAUUUGCUGAUCAAACCUUUGGAGAACUUUCGGAAGGAGCAGAUAGGGUUCACCAAGGAAAGAAAGAAAAAGUUUGAGAAGGAUGGUGAGAAGUUUUAUUCUAUGCUGGAUCGUCAUUUGCAUCUGUCUUCCAAGAAGAAGGAGUCCCAGUUACAGGAGGCUGAUCUGCAAGUUGACAAAGAGAGACACAAUUUCUUUGAGUCCUCCCUGGAGUAUGUGUACCAGAUUCAGGAAGUACAAGAGAGCAAGAAGUUCAGUAUUGUGGAACCGGUGCUGGCUUUUCUCCACAGCCUCUUUACUUACAACAACUUGACAGUUGAGCUCACGCAGGAUUUUCUCCCUUAUAAACAGCAGCUCCAGCUCAGCCUGCAGAAUACAAGGAACCAUUUUUCCAGCACACGGGAGGAACUGGAAGACCUGAAGAAGAGAAUGAAGGAAGCGCCCCUAACCUGCAAGCUGCCUGGACAGCCAACCAUCGAGGGCUAUCUGUACACUCAGGAGAAAUGGGCUCUGGGCAUCUCCUGGGUGAAAUAUUACUGCCAGUACGAAAAAGAGGCAAAAACCUUGCGGAUGACACCCAUGGACCAGAAGCCUGGAGCGAAGCAAGGCACCUUAGACCUGACACUGAAGUCCUGUGUAAGGAGAAAGACAGACUCCAUAGAUAAAAGGUUUUGUUUUGACAUUGAGACAAACGAAAGGUCUGGGACCAUCACGCUGCAGGCACUGUCGGAAGCCAACCGCAGGCUGUGGAUGGAAGCCAUGGACGGGAAGGAGCCGAUCUAUCACAGUCCCAUCACGAAACAGGAAGAAAUGGAGCUGAACGAGGUCGGCUUCAAGUUUGUACGGAAGUGCAUCAAUGCAGUGGAAACAAAAGGGAUCACCGCCGAGGGCGUGUACCGCACGGUUGGCAGCAACAUUCAGGUGCAGAAGUUGCUGAAUGCCUUUUUCGACCCGAAAUGUCCAGGGGAUGUGGAUCUCCAAAGCGGCGACUGGGACAUCAAGACAAUCACCAGCUCACUGAAGUUUUAUCUCAGGAACCUGUCUGAACCCGUCAUGACCUACAAGCUCCACAAAGAGUUGGUCCUGGCUGCCAAGUCUGAGAACCUGGAUUACAGGCUGGGAGCCAUUCAUGCCCUGGUCUAUAAACUACCUGACAAGAACAGAGAGAUGUUAGAGCUCCUCAUACAACACCUUGUCAACGUGUGUGAGCACAGCCGGGAGAACCUGAUGUCACCGUCCAACAUGGGCGUGAUCUUCGGGCCCACGCUGAUGCGGGCGCAGGAGGACACUGUGGCAGCCAUGAUGAACAUCAAGUUCCAAAACAUCGUGGUGGAGAUCCUGAUCGAGCACUUUGGGAAGAUCUACUCUGGGCCUCCAGAAGACACCACGAGCCCACCGGUGCCGCCUCCGCGCGUGGCUGCCCGCCGGCACAAACCCAUCACCAUUUCCAAACGGCCGCUGAGGGAACGACCCGUCUUCUUUGGUGCUUCUGUGGAAGACAGCGGAGCCGAGCGGCACGGCCAGACGCCCAACGGCAGCGGCGGGGAUGCCCCCAGACCCCUGCAGCGCAGCCGCCUGCCCGCACCCCGGCCUGGGGGGGACGAGCCAGGGCGUCCCCCCGCCGAGGGCCGGCCCGACCUGCGCCCCGAGGCCGAUGUGGGCAGGCUGGUGGCCAGGCUGCAGGAUGGAGGGGUGAAGCCGGCCGGCAAGGCUGCCAACGGAGUGGUGUCCAGCCCUGCCCUCAGGACCUCCACGCUGCAGGCCAGGAGACCGGCCCCCCGGCCCGGCAUCCAUGGCAGAGAGGGGUGGCCUCUAGGACAAAGUUCUUUGAGACAGCUUCCCAGAGAACAAGCAGUUCUUCAUCACCACAAGGCAGGAUCCCAGGUGAUGAGAGCUGAGGCUAAAGACUUUGUAACCACCUCAGCCCAGCCAGACCCAGGAGGUUUCCUGUGCCCGUGGGACAGACGUGUCACAGCUGAGACUUUCCCAGCUGCAGUGGCCCUGGAGAGCAGCUUCCCUACCGGACCAUAAUUCCCCAGCACGCUGUCCUAAGUGGCCCAAGACAUUAGAAGACUGGGAGAUGAUGAUGGAGAGAAGAGCUUGUCCAGAGAUUUGUGCUGCCCUGUUCCCUGUCCUGCAGGCGAGGGAGGAUGCUGGGGCGGCCCUGCAGGGGCCAGGCGCGUGCCAGGGCUGGUGAGCACCGUGGGGCUGUGCAGGGGACAGCGGGGACACGAGCAGCCACUCACCUGCUCACCUUCUGGUCAGUGCCAUGGCAAGGGUGACUUUGGGCAGACGCUGGGGACAGCACCAGGGGCUGACUCCCCAGAGCAGCCGGAGCCUGGCUUGGGCCCCUUGCCACGAGAAGCUCCUUCCUUCAUGUUUCCCACUCAGCUCUGGUGUGUGUGUCUGGCUGUGGGAGGCUGCACACAUUCCUGCUGGGACAGGCAGGGAGGGAGUUGGGGACCUCUGUGCUUGGCUCUGCUGACACCUUCAUCUCCUGCCCAGGCCCAGGGUGCCCCUGGCCUGGGGAACCGCGUGGCAGCCGCGGCUGUGCCGGGGCUCUGCCAGCGCAGAGCCAACCCCAGCCCACGGGUCAGCUUCCAGGGCAGCACAGCUGGGAGGAGGCAGCACACAUUCCUCCUCCUCCUCCCACUCCCUUGUGAGCCAUUCUCCCACCAGAUCUGCUUUCCACAGGCCCACCAAGACGUCUGUGUCCUGGAGUUAUUCUGGUGGCCACCGCAGCGGUGGUGAGGAACUGAAACUCGCUCAGUAUGGGUCAACUCCCCUGUUUUGCUGGAGGCAUCCAGUUUCUUGUUUGCUUGUUGCAUUAAUUUCCAGUCCAAGAGAUGUCCAGCCUCGUUCCCUGGGAUCAGUAGAUGAUGCCCUUUGGCCUGGGAGGGUUUCUGCUAGCCAGGGCCACCCCUGCUACCCUGUAACUAUAGAGGCUUCUUUGUGGUCCCGGCUGACACUGGGGCUUAGUUCCUGAGCUGUGGCCUUUACCUGUACACAGGCCACGAGCAGCUUCCCUGCUUCCUCUCACCAGGCAGCUUUCUGUGUUUUGAAUGAUUUUCUCUUGCUGGGAGCAGCCCAAAGCAGUGGCCAGACAGCCCUGUCCCGCUUUGCCAGGAGCCCCGGCCCUCGGCUGCCCCUGCCCAUGGCUUUGCCAGCACAUGCUGGGCUGGGGGGUCCCGCAGGUCCCCGGCUCAUGCCUCGUGUCACUGGUGCUUCUGCUCCCUGGGCUUUGGCACCACUGCAGCUGCUUCUGCUCGAACAGGGACACGGGAACGUGCCUUUGAACCACAAACAGCAGAACAGUGGCAGUGACGCCUGGAGUGGGCUCUGCACACCUCAGGGCUCCCCAGAGCUGCAGCGAGCCCCCUCUGCCACGGCCGGGCCCCGAGGCAGCACAGGGGCCUUUGAUCCAUGCCAGGGACAGCUCAGGCAGAGCCAUGGGGCUGGAGGCAGGGGGUGCAGGGCGGCCGCAGCGCCCGGGAGCCCACGCCAUCGCCUCUGUGGCUGUCCCAGGCAGUUCAGACCAGUGGCUCCAAUGCUUCCCAAGGUGCCUUCGCCUCUGGGGCCUGGGCACUGAGGAUCCCUCCAGGCUGUUGAUUUAGGUUCCAUGACAUUGUCAGUGCCCAUCCCUCAGAGUCGGGGCUGAGCCCCCUGCCCAGCGCAGCCCCACGGCCCAGAGCUGGGUCCUGGGGAAGGAUGAAGCCCGAGGGAGUGUGGUUUAAAUUCCAUCUUUGUGAACAACGAGGGGGAGCAGCUUCUUAGAAACGUGUUUCAUUGUGUCCUUCCCAAGUCCUUUGUCAGUGUGUCUGUGCUGGUUUUCCCUCCUGUGAGCGCGGCCGCACGCGGGGACCAGCCGCGGGCUGUGGGGCACGGUGCCACGGGAGCCUCACGGCCCACGGCAGACGGUUUGUCAUGUAAAGCAUAGGUUACUUCAAGUGUUUAUACAGUUUCAAUGAGUACAAGAGUCAAGCUGUGUGUUUUUC